CUAAUGAGAGUCCCAUUUCUGAGCGUCUGUAUCUUCAGAUUCUUAAGAUCAGGUGUAUAUCUUGUCCUGGAGAAGCUAGAGCUCCAAGUUUACCAACGAUUGGUAAAGAAGAUCUAUAUCAUCCAGAAGCAGAGGGACCCCAGCAAAGCACACCAGAUAAAGUUGGAUGUGAUUGUAAAGGCUUUGAAAUGGCUCGAGAUCGACAUGGAUGUUGACGAGGUGGAAUGCAUCAUGGCUAUUCUAAUAUACAAGAACCUUGUGAAAGGAUAUUUCGCUCACCAGAGCAAAGUGGCUGUUUUAAGCAAGCAAGAUUCUUUCCCCAAGUUAAAUGGAAAGCCCGUCAAUUCAUAGGGUACUCA